AACUUUAUUGUCCACAAUGGAAAAUUGAUUUGCAGUAUGUCCAUACAUCAAACAACACAUACACAAGACAAAAAAGGUUUUAAUAGUUAAUAUUUUGCAUGGGAAUAAGCAAAAACAAAGGGGAGCUAAAAUGUGGUCAUGCAGUUAUCAUAGUUUCCAUAUCUCUUAAAUUACUUUUACCCAACCCCUUGCUUCCCCUACAACCCUAUUCCCAUCCCACGUGCAGGUAAAAAGCAGGUCAAAGAUAAAGUCAUGUUUUCUGUUUGUAAUCUGGUGAGUGUGAUAAAUGUGCUGACUUUGUAUGUAGGUAUUUUCCAUAUCCCAUGCUCUAUUUAACUCAUAACAGUCCUGAAUAACAAACUGGCAAUAAGGAAAAAGGUUAAAGUUUAUUCCAUCAUCAUAAGAUUAUAUGAUGUUUUUUUAUCAGUUUAUUUCUAAUAAUUAACCCAGAACCUUUUAUAAAUAGGUUCUUUACACUGUGGUCUUCAGUAAAACACAGGGAUCUAAAAAAUACCAUCUAACCUGGAAAAUGGAGAGAUUGACAGUAAUUAUUCUUAUUUGUUUACUUGCUGGUUUAUCUGAAUGUGAGGAAAUGGGUGAUCAGAAUGAAAUCAAUCAGAACCUGAUCACUGAGCUCUCAUAUGAAGAUACUAAGGCAGAGAACAAUAACGACGUGUCAGCUGACCCAGGGUCUGAAACACCAGCCACUCGGACGGUAAACAAAACAACUGACCAUUCAUGUGAACCCAACAUCUAUAUGGUGCUGAAGGAACUGGGGGCUCUAGAAGAACGACAGAAAGCCACCGUGAGAGCUCUUGAAGAAACAAACAGAAAGCUGGAAGCCAGUGAGAGGAAGGUGGCUGCACUUAACAGCACACUGACUGAGCUCAGGACAACGUAUGAAGGGCAACGUCAGGUUGCAUUUUCUGCUGCUUUACCCACAGACGCAACCAUUGGGCCAGCAAAUUUUCUUUACCCUCUGGUGUACAGACAUGUUCUGUACAAUGUUGGAGGACACUACAGUCCAGUAACAGGAUAUUUUACAGCACCAGUUCAAGGAGUCUAUUAUUUCACCUUUUCUUCUUUCUGGUGGGGAAGAAACACUGGAAACAGUGGUGGCAGUCUGUACCACAAUGGAAACAGGAUUGUAUCAUGGUAUGGUCACAGUCAGGCUCAUCCCAUCAGUGGCUCAAACAGUGCAGUCUUAAUGCUACAAGUUGGAGACAAGGUCAAUGUUCGUCUUUGGGAAAACCGACAGAUCAGUGAUAAUGGAAAUAAGUACUGCACAUUCACUGGAUUUUUGCUUUUUCCAAUGUGAAGUGGCAUCAGACAAAAAUGUGACGUGUCAUUUUUUGUACACUUUAUUUUCUCUUCUGAAAAUGUUGUAUUUUUUUGUGGUUGACAAAGAUGUACUCCAUCUAAUAAAGAUGUUUUAAUAACCAUGAUAAUAUUAAACUCCUCCCCCUCC